CCAUGACGGUGGGUAAACUAAUGAUUGGCUUACUUAUACCGAUUCUUGUCGCCACAGUUUACGCAGAGGGUUCCCCAGCAGGCAGCAAGCGACAUGAGAAGUUCAUUCCAAUGGUCGCAUUUUCAUGUGGAUACCGCAACCAGUAUAUGACCGAAGAGGGAUCAUGGAAGACUGAUGAUGAACGAUAUGCCACCUGCUUCUCUGGCAAACUUGACAUCCUCAAGUACUGCCGCAAGGCUUAUCCAUCCAUGAACAUCACCAACAUCGUCGAAUACUCGCACGAAGUGAGCAUCUCCGACUGGUGCCGCGAGGAAGGAUCGCCAUGCAAGUGGACUCACAGUGUCAGACCGUACCAUUGCAUUGACGGAGAAUUCCACUCGGAAGCUCUUCAAGUCCCGCACGACUGUCAAUUCUCGCACGUCAACUCGCGCGACCAAUGCAACGACUACCAGCACUGGAAGGAUGAAGCUGGAAAGCAGUGCAAGACCAAGAAGUCCAAGGGCAACAAGGAUAUGAUUGUCAGAUCAUUUGCCGUUCUUGAGCCAUGCGCACUCGACAUGUUCACCGGUGUUGAAUUCGUCUGCUGUCCAAAUGACCAAACGAACAAGACUGAUGUUCAAAAAACUAAAGAAGACGAAGACGACGACGACGAUGAGGAUGAUGCUUAUGAGGAUGAUUACUCAGAAGAGUCCGACGAGAAGGACGAAGAGGAACCAAGUUCCCAAGAUCCAUACUUCAAGAUUGCCAACUGGACCAACGAGCACGACGAUUUUAAGAAGGCAGAAAUGAGAAUGGAUGAGAAGCACAGAAAGAAGGUUGACAAGGUGAUGAAGGAGUGGGGAGAUUUGGAGACGAGAUACAACGAGCAAAAGGCCAAGGAUCCAAAGGGAGCCGAGAAGUUCAAGUCUCAAAUGAACGCCCGCUUCCAGAAGACCGUUUCUUCGCUCGAAGAAGAGCACAAGAGAAUGCGAAAGGAGAUCGAGGCGGUUCAUGAGGAGCGUGUUCAGGCAAUGCUUAACGAGAAGAAGAGAGAUGCUACACACGAUUAUCGUCAAGCUCUCGCUACUCACGUCAACAAGCCAAACAAGCACUCUGUUCUCCAAUCUCUUAAGGCUUACAUCCGUGCAGAGGAGAAGGAUCGCAUGCACACUUUGAACAGAUACCGUCACUUGCUGAAGGCCGAUUCAAAGGAAGCUGCCGCAUACAAGCCAACCGUUAUUCAUCGGCUUCGCUACAUCGAUCUUCGCAUCAACGGAACUCUUGCGAUGCUUCGCGACUUCCCAGAUCUUGAGAAAUAUGUCCGUCCAAUUGCAGUCACCUACUGGAAGGACUACAGAGACGAGGUGUCACCAGAUAUCUCAGUUGAGGACAGUGAACUCACUCCAAUCAUCCACGAUGAUGAGUUCAGCAAAAACGCCAAACUUGACGUGAAGGCUCCAACAACCACCGCCAAGCCAGUCAAGGAAACCGACAAUGCUAAGGUUCUCCCAACCGAAGCAUCUGACUCCGAGGAGGAAGCUGAUGAAUAUUACGAGGAUGAAGAUGAUGAGCAAGUUAAGAAGACACCUGACAUGAAGAAGAAGGUCAAGGUUGUUGACAUCAAGCCAAAGGAGAUCAAGGUCACAAUAGAAGAGGAGAAGAAGGCUCCAAAAUUGGUGGAAACAUCAGUACAAACUGAUGAUGAGGACGAUGAUGAGGACUCUUCCUCGUCCACUUCAUCCGAAUCUGAUGAAGAUGAAGACAAAAACAUCAAAGAGCUUCGUGUCGACAUUGAGCCGAUCAUCGAUGAGCCAGCCUCAUUCUACCGCCACGACAAGCUCAUCCAAUCACCAGAAGUCGAGCGUUCAGCGUCCAGCGUCUUCCAACCAUACGUCCUGGCAUCGGCGAUGUUCAUCACCGCUAUCUGCAUCAUCGCCUUUGCCAUCACCAACGCUCGUCGUCGCCGUGCCAUGCGCGGUUUCAUCGAGGUAGACGUCUACACACCAGAGGAGCGUCAUGUCGCUGGAAUGCAAGUCAAUGGCUAUGAAAACCCGACGUACUCAUUCUUCGACUCGAAGGCCUAAACCACCAAGACCGUACUUUUUUUACUCACUACUACCAACAAUUUUACACCAAAAUGAUCCAUUCUCCUAUCUCAGAUACACCUUUUUUCAAACUUUUGUUCUGAAUAACAUCAAAAUUUCAAAAUUCCAUUCCCCUCCACCCUCCCUCUCUCUUCAAAUAAAAAAGUUGUGAGUGUUACAAAAUUAUCAAAAAUAUUCAAAAUUAAAUUCAAAACCAAUUCUCCCCGUAGCUGUUUCGUCAUAACAACAAAAACCGGACACUCAUGCUUGUUGUUCGUAUUUUUUGAUAUCGAUCUAUCCGUUUCACACGAACUAAAUUGAAUAUAAUUCACGUGUUUUUAGUAUUCAGAAGCACCGAUCACCUUUCUAUUUUUCCAACUCAUUAUUCUUUUCUUCAACACUUCCUAACCACCCCGAUCUUGAAAUACACCCUAUUUCUUGUGAUAGUCUUAUUAUGCACACUUCUCUCUGUCUUCCGAUUUGCUCGUUUACUGAGUUUAUUUCUUAAGAAAGUCAACAAACAUUUGUAUUAAUAAAGAAGUCCAAAGAUGAAUUUGCAUCCCAAUAUGCUUCUAAACUUUUUUCGUUUCACACAUUUUAUUGUCGUGAACUUCUACUCGUUUUCUUCUUUGUAACAACCUAUUGUGAAAGUUUUCCAAUAAAAAAUCUGAAAAAUAC